AGGCCGGUGUAUGGCUUCCUCACACAAACUCAGUUAGUACACGUCGCGAAGCAGAUUGGUGGGCCGCGGAAGCGAGCUCAUAGCAUUUAAAAAAGGGAGUUUUCUUCUUCCCUGUAAUAGCGAGCCGCGCUUUUCGGGUGCCGUUGUGCUCUCGUCGUCGUGCCACGACCAUCAUCUGCUGAAGCAUUCAAAAUAGAAAGAAAAACCAAGGGGGCGUAGACGUUAUCGACGUACGUAGCGUACAGGACACUAUUCUCUGUUUUCCAGCUCGUUCUCCCGGUGGGAUUGAUCUUUUCUGUUCCUUCUCUGGCGUAGGAGCAGCGUUACUUUGCGUAGCAGCUUAGUGUAUUUUCUUGUUUCUUUUCUAUCUUUCCGCGUAGCGGCCCUCUAGCGUUAUAGUUUUCUUUACCUUUCCUUUCUUGUAUUUAGCACUAGUACACACACACACACACCAAUGAUGCGCCUCUCACGUGCCGGCGUGGCAGCUGGCUGUGCCGCAGUCCUCUCCUCCUCCGCCGCCACCGCUGCCGCCGCCACUGUGCCGUCCGUUCUGGUUCAACAGCGGCGCGGGGUGCGCUACACCAGUAUCCAAGAGACGCUGAAGCCCAUUGCUGGCCGGUCCGCCGGUCAGAUGUCUAUUCUGAACGAGGUCUGCUGCAACCCAGAUGCCGAGGAAGAGCGCCGCAAGCCCGUCUUCCGCAGCGAAGUCGCGCCCAACCCGGCGGAAGCGGCGAAGGAGGACAACUAUCUGCACACGAUGCACCGCUGGGGCUACGACUCGCUGACGCUCUUCAAGAAGGCGAACGAGGACCCCGGGCCGUGGUGGAACGCAAACGGCAGCACGUUGGUGUCUAACUGGUCGCAGGUGGGCGACUACGCCAACGCGGGUAUGUGGUCCGGGGUGUGGCGGUACACCUACGGCAUCGGAGAGUACAACUUACGCCCGUACGAGACCCGCGGACGUGCCUGGGGGCGCAAGGACCCCAAAAGCGGUGCCAUUGCGAUCCGCUACGGCAAGAAGCCGAAACCAGUUCAGCGGCUUUGCUUCCCGCACACCGCCGAGCACGCGCAGCAUCACCGGGUGAAGAACCCAACGAACACCGGUGUAAAGGAAAUCUCGACCCUGCACGGCAAGCGUCUUGUGCGCGAGGUGCAGUACCACCUCGGCCAAGGGCUUCGCUUUUACCUGGUGGACGGCGUCUUCGGCAGCGACCCGGCCACCGCCACGCCCUACCGCAUCAUCACCGACAACCCGACCCACGCGUACUUCGCCUCCAUGGCCGCCAUCCGUGCCUUCAACUACGUAGCCCGGCAGGAGGUGACGCUGGUGAAGCGCGUGACGCAGUCGCCCAUCGAUGAGUGGGGGUGGCGCCGACCCGGCGUGCUGGUCUACCACGCCCCGAGCUACGACUUUGAGGUACCGCGGAUUGUGGAGGAGUUUGGUGGUCCGCGGCCGCUGGACAUGAGCCUCGACCACAACCGCUUCAUCGCGACGGAGCCGUACAGCAUACCCAUGAAGUGCGUCAUGGGCGGUGAGCCGAGCUGCGACGCGCUGCUCGACAGCACGGCGAUGCUGUGUGGUCGUUGGGGCUUCUACGCGGAUGAGAAGGCGUUCCUGACGGUGCCAGGGGAGUCCACCAUGUCCGCGGAUGGCCGCAAGCUGACGCUGGUGAUUACGGGGAAGGAAGCCAUCGCCGACGUCCUCCGCACCUCGCCGCGGCUUUACGGCAGCCGCCACCACCGCCUCGCCGACGGUGUCGUGUCCCGUGCGUGGGACGUCGUCUCGUUGCCCACGACGGCCGCCGGGGUGAAGCCGCGGGCGAUGGACCUCAUCGAAGCAGAUCUGCAGCGUGUGCAGCGCAGCCUGCCAACACGCAUGGGCCUCCCCAACUCCCUCUCGCACCGCUAUCACGGCCGACGCCAUGUCAGCGAGUACGGCUUUAAGUGGCCGCACCAGUACACCGAUGACGCGGCGUCGAAGGCGUACGCGGCCGGGCAGCUGUUUAAGGCGCCGAAGAGGGACGAGCUCGCCGGACACGCCCCGCGCCCGUCGCACUUCGCGAUGGGGGAUGUGGAUGUGGUCGUCGUGGGCGACGGCGCCGACGCCGCAGCGGCGGUAAUCGCGGCAAUUAAAGAGCGUGGCAUGCUGUACGCCGAGGAGGCCCCGCUGCAGGAGGCGGUGGCGGCUGCGCUGAAAAAAGCAAAGAGUGUGAAGGUGGUGCCGGCGGCGGGUGCCGCGUCGGUCAUGGAAAAGAUAGCGCAGGGCGGCUCCGCGUAA